GGCAAGGAGCACCACGGCAAGGAGCACCACGGCAAGGAGCAUCACGGCAAGGAGCCCCGGCCCCACAGGGAGCACAGAGAGGGCAAAUCUGGGGGGAAGUGGUCCCGUGGCCCCCGGGAGCUGCCCCCCCUCAGCCAUUCCCGAGCCCCCCAGGGCUGCUCAGGGGUGACCGACUGCGCUCACAAAGAGGGCCGCGAGGCGCUGGGGGCUGCGCUGGAGCCCGUGCAGAAGUCGCAGUUCCUGCAGUUGCUGGAGGGCUUCAUGGAGAGGCUGGGCUGGGGGGGGCAUUUCAGGGGGGUGGCAGAGCGGUUGGAUGGAGCCUUUGGGGCCGAUGGGGUUUUCGCCCACGACCGGCGGCGCUUCGUGGACUUCGUGGAGGAGGUGGAGGAGAUGCUGGAGGACGUGGCGCGGCGCGAGCGCGGCGAUGAGGAGGCAGCCGAUGGCUUCGAGGAGUUCGUGCUGCAGCACUAUGCUGGCUCUGUUGGGAAGGAGCGUGGCCGCAAAUCCUGGAGGCAGCACGGAGGUGGCAGAUAGAGCCAUGAGGGGGGGUCCCUGCUGACCCCCUCCCACCACCGCCAUGGGCUGUGUUUUGGGGGUCCAAGGGCUGCUGUGUGUAGCCCCCCCCCCCCUCUCCUUCCCCCCCCACUCUCCCCGAUUGAUGCACUGUGUGAUGCUGCUGCACUGCUGUAGAUGCAAUAAAGUCACCGCUGGGCUGA